AUGGAUCAGGGUUACCUAGGGAAAUUUGGCUACCUUGCAGAUGCAAGCAGAGAAGUUGGGCCGGUUGGUCUGACGUCAAAAGACGCUUACGUUGACGCAAUAAAGCGUCUUCAACGUUUCGGAAACAUUACGGAAACGGGUGUUGUAGAUAGGCGGACUAUAGAACUAAUGAAUAAACCCCGUUGCGGGGUCCCCGAUGAAAGCACUAUACCAACGUCGUAUUCCUUGACGUCUGGGUUUUAUCGUACACGUCACAGGCGUUACGUGCUUUCUCCGACAAAAUGGGAAAAAAAUGAUCUCACAUAUAGAAUAUUGAACACGACGCCGGACCUGAGCGCGGAAAAGGUGCGGCAGAUAUUGCGAGACGCCUUCCGGGUGUGGAGCAUCGUGACGCCCCUGACCUUCACCGAGGUCGUCCAUUCAAUCGCCGACAUCCUCAUCCUCUUCGCCGAGGGUAACCAUGACGACGGCUACGCCUUCGACGGAAAAGGUUCCGUGUUGGCACAUGCGUUCUUCCCCGGGGAGGAUAAGGGAGGAGACACCCACUUUGACGAGGCCGAAACCUGGACAUUUAACUCUUCCGAAGGUGUGGACCUGUUUAUGGUGGCGGCGCACGAGUUUGGACACGCACUGGGGCUGGCGCACAGCAGCAACACGGAGGCGCUCAUGUACCCCUGGUACCAGGGAUACACGGAUAACUUCAAGUUGCCCUUCGACGACGUGCAAGGCAUACAGACGCUUUACGGCUCGAAAUCCGGGACUCUUCCACCCACACCCAUACCACGCCCAACACGUCCCGACGGCGGCAAUAAUGGUGGCGGGGGCGGUAGUGGCGGUGGCGGUGGUGGAGGCCGACCUGACGUUCCACCUGUAACGCCGAGACCACCAGUAGAGAACGAUAGUCCUUGUGCAGGAAAUAUAGACGCCAUUACAGUGAUUAGGAAGGAGAUCUUCAUAUUUAAAGGCUCGAAAUUCUGGAGACGUGGACCCAGCGGCAUCGGUUUAACGCCAACAGAGAUCAGCAAAUUCUGGUUCAAACUGCCUGAGGAUGGCGUCGACGCCCUGUACGAACGAGCGGACGGCAAAAUUGUUUUCUUUAAAGUUGACCGCUUCUGGAUGUACAACAGCAACCACAUGGUUUCCAACUUCCCUGUGGAGGGCCGCCGCCUCACGGAACUGGGGAUAGGGAGCAACGUGAAGAAGAUAGACGCCGCCUUCAUCUGGUCCUAUAACAAGAGGACCUACCUGGUGAGCGGAGACAUGUACUGGAAGCUGAACGCCAAUCAAGACUAUAUCGAGUACGACUACCCACGUGACAUGAGCAUCUGGCGCAAUGUGCCCGUGCCGCUCGACAGUGCCUUCCAAAACUGGGACGGGAACACUUACUUCCUGAAAGGGGACCAAUACUGGGAGUUCUACGAUACGAAGAUGCGCACUCGACACAAGGAAGGCCGCUCUAUAGGCGAGUUGCUCGGAUGCAGAAACGGUGAGAUGAAGGGAGACCUCGCCAUAGUGCCGGCGGAAGAGGGUCCGAUGGACGAUGAACCAACCAACGCCAUUCAAGAUAAUCAUCACUUGUCGUCGUCGUCUGCCUUUGUUAACUCGUAUCUGACUUUAGUCAAUAUCGCAGUACUUCUACUGUCAGUUUUAUUAUAGAUGUUGUUAUUAAGGCACACCUUAUUGUAAUUAUUUUAAAUUUUACCAUUUCAACUGCCUUUUUCAAAUCUUGCCUUCUGUUCUGCUGUGUUAUGCCGACUGUUAUGAUUGUUCGACUUCGAUGUCAACGCAUACAUCCCAGGCUAACCGAUUUGAGUUCUAGUUCUAAAUAUCAGAAGUUAAAAGGUAAAAUCUAGAUAUUGCUUCGGUUUGUAUCUGUUCUUUGUAAAUUGUUGCUCAAGCACACUAAAUAUUUUCAUAAAAAAUAUAUUAUCUGUUAUCGGCGUACAUAUACUUAGAAACACGACACAGCAGUAUGGAUCGUUUGUUAAACAAAGACAUGUAAGAUCGCGAUUAUUGACAACUCCGACCAGCCAUUUUUUUCUUAUUAAAUGCUAUUGUGACAUAUAUCUCACGUUACAAGUUAUGCUUCAAGCACUGUCUCAGAGACUGAGUGUUGUUAUGAACCUUUUUUGAGUUUGUGUACGUAUGUGUGCAGUGAACGAUGGUGUCACUCGUUAAUAAUACGAAGCGUGUGUUUUGCGAUGAAGUUUUACAAUAUUAGGAUAGUUGCAAACUCUGAUAUGAAAUUACUAUGCAUGCUGGUGGUUAAUGAAACGUAAUACAUGUAUACCGACAUCGUAACACGUGUGAAUGUGAGUACUUGUGUAAUAACAAUAUCUGAAAGCGUUCUUCUAUUUAUUAUUUCCUGUAACGUGAACAACUUUGUUAUGGUAUCAUUUAAAGAAAUAUUAGUGGAUAGAUUGUUUUAUUUAAGGUAAAAUGUACAUGUAUGUGGAAAAACUACAUUACUUGGUUACCAGUAAGUGAUUGAUUGUUCAUAAAACGAAAGUAACGGAGUUACAGAUACAUUCAUUUGACAUUUACGUACAUAGUCUUUCACCUAAGCCAUAUAUAUCAUCUUGUUGCAGUUAUGAACUAACGAGCUGAUGAGAAAUAUCAUCCUAUACUCAAAGAGUACAUCUGAUCUGUUCUGUGCAUUUGCAACACCAUACACGAGAAGUUAAUAAGCCGUAAUAUGGGAAUUUAUAGUGCAAAAAGGGAACAAUAGCCCAGAUACACCGGUUGACAUGGAAACAAUUUAAUUCUUAAUCUCAUGAUAGAAAGCACAGACUGGUUAUUACAUCUCUAGGUAUCUGGAAAGUAAUUGCAUGCACCAUUUGAUGAUGAUGCCCCCUCCGGUGGUUAGUAUCUAUUAGUGGACACCAGGUGUUGAACGUGUUUAAUAGGUCUAAAAUGGUCGCUACAUUAUGAAUAGCUUACAUUUUCGGAAACACACACAAUUGUAGAAUUAAUAUUGUACGUGUCAUUGAAUGGAUGGGUCAUUUCAGCUUGUCCUUUCAUUUAUUGAGUUAAAUGUUUAAUGAGCCGGCACUGGAUUUCAAUACUCAUUGAAAAAUAUAGAGGUUAAAAUCUCUUACGCCUAUAGUUUUUCCUUAAACUAUCUUGGUUGAGAAUUCUUUGACAAUAACAAUAUAAUUUAAGUUGGUGCUUCAUUAAAAACAGGACGCAUACUUGUAUUUUAUCAUAGUAUAAGAAAUCGAACAUGGCUAACUUCAACAACAGAACUCAAAUCCAUUGGAAGUAGCGAUUACAUAAAUAAUCAUACAAAUGCGCUUAGAGCUGCUUUUUCAUGCUUCAUUUACUGUAAAUUUGAUGUGUAAUAAUAGAAAGUGGAAAUUUUAUCCAGUAUUUGACAUAACCAAACAUGUGCAAUACUUAUAGAUACUUUUCUGAAAUCCAAAUAUGUGAGAUCUAUAUUUCAUUGUUGUUUUUAAUGAGCAUAUUUUUUUUUCUAUGCACACCCUUCUUAUUUAUUCUGUUACAUUUGAUACUUCCUUUUUGUGUAUAUUAAGAUUAAGUAUGUACAUAGAGUGUUAAUGCGCAUAUAUUGUUCGGCCUGUAUUUUUUUUUCAUUUAAAAACUGUGCUUUAGAUAGAUAGAUAAUCGUUAUGCUGAUUUUAACAUUUUUAAAUUAAAUAGUUCUUAGUUGUUGGUUAUGUUUGGCCUUUUUGGGAUAGCCUCGUCUGUGUGCUGGUUUAAGAUAAAUCUCAAUUUAUACCAUGUUUUAUAUGGUGUCGAAUGGACAUAUUAAAAUCCAAAACACUAAAUAAGCAAAAAUAAUAAGUUGCACAAGAAAGAUAACUUGCGUUACUUGAUAACAAUAACAAAUAUUUGUGUUUUUAUGUUAAGUUAAUAAAUUAAUCAAGUGAUUGAUGUAUUUCGCGUAAAGUAGAUGCACGUGUAGACAUUCUUGUUUAUUAUUGUCACCACGUAUUGAAUGGUCCGAAAUAGUGUUAAGGAAAAAUCCAACCCAUUUGUCUUUGUACAUGUAUAUUUAUUUGUUUCAGUUUUGUUGUCUAUCAGUUUUGGCAUUUUUACUGUUUUGUUAUUGUAGUUUUUGUAUUUAAAAUCCCUUAUACAACCAGAUCGAAAGAUUUUUAAUACUGAUUUUGAAAACAAGAUGUCUGCAUAAUACUCGAUUUAAAUAAUGACAUUAAAGAAUGAAUCUGUGUCUUUUAAACUACAAGUAUGUUAGUAUAUCAAACAAUGAAAUUACUCAUAAAUGUAUCUCUGUAGAAACAGCACUAUUGAUAUAUUUGUAUGCAUGUAUUGACCAUUAUUUCAAAUAUGUUAAGCUCAGACUGCCCAGAUUGAUCUCCCCUGCAUUGUUGUCACAG